GUGAAAGCACGCUAAGAGAAAGCUGCAGGCCUUGGCGAACUUUUUCUACCUCUCGAAGUCGCUGCUCUUCAGUUUCUCGCUUUUCGUUAUCAUCCUGCUCUACCAGCUGUCCUCGAGCUGUGCAACUCCCUGAGCAAUAAACACCUUCGCCGACCUCAUACUCUCAGCAAAUCCGUCAGCUCCUUCAGAUAUAGACUUGCGACCACUUCCAACAUGUCGUCCGCCAUUCCUGUAGGCGUCUACGGACGUCGCAUUCCAGCUGGGAACUUUCCCAUCCUGGCCGCUGACGACCAGUCUUCCACUUUCCGCAUCACCAUGGCUGCUAUCGACCCAGAUGCCGAGCCUCAAAUUGACGACGAGCACAAGCAUCCUCGCGCGACUCUGAAGCUCAUCCGUGUGCCCAUGGACUUUGACUCGGACGAUGAUGAUGAUGAGGACUACGAGGAGGGUGACAUCGAGGCCAUCGCUGCUCGUCUGCGUGCCGCUGGUGCGCUCCCUGAAGCUGACUCGGACAUGUCCGACUCCGACGAUAGCGAGAGCGAGAAGAACGGUGGCCCCAGCGAUCCUGCCCGGUCAAAGAAGGCCAAGCAGGCAGCCCUCACCAAGAAGCUGCAAGAAGAGCUUGAGGCCGAUGACAUGGACAUCGACGGCAUGACCAACGGUAAGGGAAAGGCCAAGGGUAAGGCCAAGGUCACCGAUGACGACUUGAGCGAUGAGGACGAUGAGGACGACGAGGACGAUGAUGACGAGCCUGAGGAGCUCGUUCUGUGCACUCUCGAUCCUGAGAAGCACUACCAGCAACCGCUCGACAUCACCGUCCGUCAAGGCGAGGAGGUCUACCUUUCUGUCAGCGGCACUCACGACGUCUACGUCACCGGUAACUACCUCGCUUUUCCCGAGGAGGAGGAUGAGGAGGACGACGAGGAUGAUGGUCUCGACGAGCUCGGCUACGAUCUCGGCUCCGAAGAUGAGGAACUUGACGGUAUGGGAGAAUCAGAGGAUGAUGAGCUCGACGGCAUGAACGACCCCAGGAUCACUGAGGUUGACAGCGACGAUGAGGAGCCACCCAAGCUUGUUGACGCUAGCAAGAAGAGCAAGAAGCGCGCUGCUGAGGAUGAUGCUACCCUCGAUGAUAUGAUCAGCAAGACCAACGGUGAUGCUAAGCUUAGCAAGAAGCAGGCUAAGAAGCUGAAGAAGAACGACGGUCAGGCUGUUGCCAGUGCCGCGGAGCCAGAGAAGAAGGCUGAGAAGGUUGAUACCCCCAGCAGCGACAAGAAGAAGGUUCAGUUCGCUAAGAACCUUGAGCAGGGCCCAACUGGCUCCCCCAAGGUUGACGCCAAGCCAGAGGCAAAGAAGGAGGCCGCCAAGGGACCUCGCACCGUCAGUGGUGUUCUCGUGGACGACAAGAAGGAGGGCAAGGGCAAAGCCGCCAAGAAGGGCGACCGCGUCGAGAUGCGCUACAUUGGCAAGCUGAAGAACGGCAAGGUCUUUGACUCCAACAAGAAGGGCAAGCCAUUCUCGUUCAAGCUCGGCGUCGGCCAAGUCAUCAAGGGUUGGGACGUCGGUGUCGCUGGCAUGACCGCCGGCGGAGAGCGUCGCCUUACCAUCCCUGCGGCGAUGGCUUACGGCAAGAAGGGUGCUCCCCCGGACAUUCCUCCUAACUCUGACUUGAUCUUCGACAUCAAGUGCAUCUCGGUCGGUUAAACGCGUUUCUGCAAAAAUUCACGCGCAAUAGGGUCCACUUGGUCCCGUCAGGAUCGGAUCCACUCCCAUGCAGGACCCCGCCUGCCUGCGUGCGUUCGCGCCAUUCUCAUUUCCGUUUCUGUCUCUGUAUCAACUGCAUAGCGCGUCGUCUGAGAUAUCCGACUUGCAUAAUCUGGGGUUGUUUCAUUAGAUGUGUGCAAGGAGGAAGGAUCUCUCAGUCCUCUUCGCCAAUGUUUUAUCCAUAUGGCGGGUCUGUAAGUGAUAUAGCGAGGCGAUGUUGCCAAAGAGCAAAGGUUCGCUGAGGAAGCUACUUUGAAAAGUUACACGGUGUUCCGGUUGAGAUCUACGAGCGGUAGUAAUACACAAUGUUCAAGCAACAUCCAGAACGUGCCAGUCUGCAAAAGUGCGACAUGAUCGAGUUGACAUGCUACAACCCUGCUGUUCACAUCUCAGUUCCGAUGUUCCCAA